UCAUCACGAUAGGCAAGCCCGGCCACCACGUCAAGGCAGCACCAACAGUCAUCUUGAAUAACGAGUUCUUCUGACCACUGAAAACUCGUAGUACUGAUUCUUCAACUCAUAAUGCUUUACAGCCGGUUCGUAAUACGACUGAAGUGUAACACAAGGUUUAAACUAAAUACAGAAAUGAAACUUUUGUUAUAUUGGGAAGUUCUAAAAUAGAUAUAGUAAUUAUUUAUGAAUUGUGACUUUAUCAAAUCAGAAUAAAAAAGGAUAGAGUUACAUCAAUUUUGAAAUUUAUUAGGAUUCAUUAAAUGCAUAUUAAACGAUAUUUUUCUCAUUGUAAUGAUUCUUUCAAACAAUCAUAGAUAUCCCCCAACAAUUAUUAUUCAUUGUAGUCAUUGUAAGUGGUGAAAAAGAAAGAUAAAAUAUAUUUCGCUCCAUGAAGUUCACUUUAUAUUCAAUGUCAUCGGCAGAUCGUAGUCAAACAAACAUGAAAAACCUGAAACCACUGAACAGCUGCUUCGUAAUCGUAUGGAACUUUCUAGAAAUACACACCUGCAAUUCCAUUGGAGGUCGAACACAGGAUAUUGGGGUCUUGAAACGAGCAGUUAACGCUUCAAUCAUUGAAUCGUAUCCGAUAGUUUACAUUUCCAGCUGUAUUUAUUUAGUGAUAUCGCUUAACCGCCUUCCGACAUCAUUGGUGGGUAACUGCUUUACACUCAAUAUGGCUGAACUCCACUAUCAUCCCAUUGGUCUAAUGGUUAGGCUACGCUUACCCUCCGGUUGGAUAGUGGUUGCUCACUACUAAAGAAACCUUUGCUAGUAUGAAACAGUUGUUCAUUGCUUCAUGAUCUUCAACAAUUAUUAAACUAAGAAUAGUCCAUGAUGUUAACCAUAAAAUUAAGAAAUCUGAACAAAUUCUCCUAUAUAAUAAUAAAUCUAAUUUUCCUGACCUUGUUCACAAAAUUUUAGUACAAUAUAAUGUUUUUUUAAGAGGUAAAGGUGAUUUGAGUUAGAUAUGUUAACAUUUUGGAUAAACUAAAUAAUGAUCUAUUUAAAAAAAAUAUUUCAAAAAGUAUUUCCAUUCCUUCAAACCAAAUAAUGGCAACUUCUUAAUGUUUAUUCCCCGUUUUUGUUAUGUUCUUACAGGAAAUGUUUCGAUCAUCAUCAUCAUCAUCAUCAUCAUCAUCAUCAUCAUCAUCAUCAUCAUCAUCAUCAUCAUCAUCAUCAUCAUCAUCAUCAUCAUCAUCAUCAUCAUCAUCAUCAUCAUCAUCAUCAUCAUCAUCAUCAUCAUCAUCAUCAUCAUCAUCAUCAUCAUCAUCAUCAUCAUCAUCAUCAUCAUCAUCAUCAUCAUCAUCAUCAUCAUCAUCAUCAUCAUCAUCAUCAUCAUCAUCAUCAUCAUCAUCAUCAUCAUCAUCAUCAUCAUCAUCAUCAUCAUCAUCAUCAUCAUCAUCAUCAUCAUCAUCAUCAUCAUCAUCAUCAUCAUCAUCAUCAUCAUCAUCAUCAUCAUCAUCAUCAUCAUCAUCAUCAUCAUCAUCAUCAUCAUCAUCAUCAUCAUCAUCAUCAUCAUCAUCAUCAUCAUCUUCAUCAUCAAUGUCAAUAACCAUCAACCUGUAUAAUAACUUUCUUGAUGUUGUAACCCAAAACGGAAUUGAAUUGUGGAAAAAAGGACGACCAAGAUAUUCAUUAAAAAAGAAAAUGAUUGAAAGUAGUCGUAACCUCUAUCCCGCACUGUAAAUAACUGUUCAAUCAAAUUCACUAAUUAUUUAUCUAUAGGUUGAUUAGUAACAGUGUAGAUUAGUUCUAUUGAAAAGGGUUCGAACCAGUCUUCUUGACAGAUUGAUGAAUAUUAUAAGAAUACUAGAGAGAAUAACUCUAUUCUUUAUAUGCUUAAUAUUAUAUAAAUCCAUUGUUUAUUCCAUGUGAACUAGUGGAAUUUUUAAUUGUUUUAGCCAAACAAUUUUUGAUAAUGACGUCAGAAUAAUAAUAAUUGGAAACUAACAAUAACAACAAAAAACUCUCUUAUAUAUAGUACUUUCAGUCAAAUGAAAUUAAUUU